GGGAAGCUCUGAGAAGAGCCCUCCUUCCAAGCUGAGGACGUCUCCCCACCAGAGUCAGGUGGCCCCACCCUGGUCCCUGAAAUUGCACCUGAAGGUUCUGUUUCGCUUUGGCUCUACAGGUCGUGAUGUCCGAGCUCAGUGAUGAAGCUGACCCCAGCCUGUCCCUGUGGCAUGGGGCAGGCCCGAUGAUCUGUCGAGAAGAGCUGGAUGUUCCCCUGGACCUACACACAGCGUCCUCCAUUGGCCAAUACGAGGUGGUGCAGGAGUGUAUUCACCGUGGGGAGAUGGAUUUAAACAAGAGAAACUCUGGUGGCUGGACCCCGCUGAUGUACGCCUCCUACAUCGGGCAUGAUACCAUCGUGCACCUGCUGCUGGAGGCAGGGGUGAACGUGAACGUCCCCACACCGGAAGGGCAGACCCCGCUCAUGCUGGCCUCCAGUUGCGGCAAUGAGAGCGUUGCCUACUUCCUGCUCCAGCAAGGCGCAGAGCUGGAGAUGAAGGACGUUCACGGCUGGACUGCCCUCUUCCACUGCACCAGUGCUGGACACCAGCAGAUGGUCAAAUUCUUGCUGGACAAUGGGGCGAACGCCAACUGCAAGGAGCCUGUGUACGGCUAUACGCCUCUGAUGGAAGCGGCUGCUUCUGGCCAUGAGAUAAUUGUCCAGUAUCUUCUCAAUCAUGGCGUGAGGGUGGAUGUCAGAGAGAACACUGGAGCCACGGCACGGACGCUGGCCAUGACAUAUGGCCACAUGAAGAUUGUGGGGCUGAUAGACCUCCAUGCAGCUCCAGUGCCCAAGGUCUUCUGCAGGGGCCCGGGAAAAUACGAAGAUCUGAGCUCCUCGGAUGAGUCGUGCUCCGCCCCCCAGAGACAGAGACCUGCCCGAAAGACCAAGGGCCCCAGUAUCCACGAAGGGCCCCAGGCGCUGGCGAAGAUAACAGCCGUCGGAAUUGCAGGGAAGAAGCCAUCUCACUGUGAGCCGGUCCCUCCCUGGGGCUAUGUGACGUUCAGCGACGAUGGCAGCUUUGAAGGGGAGGAUCUCCGGUUCCGGGACGUCACCUCGCCAAUCAACGAGCAAGACGUGGAGAGCAGCAGCGGCCGGGAAGAGACCGCGUUCUUCACCAACAACUUGGCCACCAUCAGGAGCAGCAGCAGCAGCAGUGAGUGUCUGCCCAAAGCCCUGGGGGUCAGCAGCGAGGGCUCCCUGGAAAGCAACGAGGACUCUGACCCGACCCAGAAGUGCUCCAGCCGGAAACCGGCGAAAAGCUACGGGAAGCUCAAGGCCCGGCACGGCGGGGGGGGCCCGUGGGCCCCCAGCCCUGGCAAAGCGGGGGUGUCUAGUCAGCCCAGCGCGCUCCCCCCCCUAGAGGCCACCCCCUACGUGGGACCCCAGGACCUGGCAGCCUUCCUGGCGCAGAUCGGGUGUCUGAAGUACCUCCCGGUGUUUGAGGAGCAGGACAUCGACCUCCGCAUCUUCCUCACCCUCACAGAGAGCGACCUGAAGGAAAUCGGCAUCACCCUCUUUGGGCCGAAGCGCAAGAUGACCUCGGCCAUAGCUCGAUGGCACAGCAACGCCAGGCCUCCCAGCGACGCCCUGGAGCUGGCCUACGCCGAUCGGCUCGAGGCGGAAAUGCAGGAACUGGCCAUUCAGCUCCACAAGAGGUGCGAGGAGGUGGAAGUGCUGAAGAGCCAGGUGUCCCAGGAGCAGGAGCUGCGGGCCGUGGUCGAGAGCUGCUUGAUGGAGCAGGACGUGGCUUGGACCAAGAUCCAGAUCCAGCUGCAGGAGGCCCAGGCCGUCACUGGCGGUGCGGGGGUCCUGCUAGAGCAGAUGCAAGCCUGUCAGGCAGAGCUCUCCUCCCGGCUGGCCCACGGGCCCGUGGCGGGCGGGGGGGUGGGAAGGAGGAGCUCAGCUGUCACUGCUGCCUGA